AUGACGUCUACAGUCUUCUUCAAAUUCAAGUCUCAGAAGGAGCCUCAGCGUGUCACUUUUGAUGGCACAGGAAUAACGGUAUUCGAACUGAAGCGGGAAAUUAUCACCAUCAGUGGCUUGGGCGAUGGCACUGAUUUUGACCUCUCCUUAUAUGACGAUACAGGUGCCGAAGAGUAUACCGAUGACACCACAAUAAUUCCACGUUCUUCCUCUGUUAUUGUUCGGCGAUUACCCCCCUCUUUGGGACCUGGUCGAGGUAAAGCUUCUCGGUAUGUGACUGGGAAGGCGCCAGUCAAAGCAAUCAACAAAAAUGUGACAUCAAAUCCAUCAACAACUCUUCCUGAUUUCAGUGCCGCUACCAAUGAAGCAGAGCGACUAAAUGCGAUCUUCGCUGCUGAAGGUGCGUCAUGGGAGCAGCAGCAACAAGAGAUGGCACAGCAAAAGCGAGUACAAUUCAAGAGCUCUAACAAACGCCCCCUCAACGUUCCUGAUCAUGAACCUCCACCGAAAUAUGUUUGCCAUAGGUGUGGUCAACCCGGCCACUGGAUUCAGAUGUGCCCUACAAAUAGCGACCCAAAUUUUGAGUCAAAGCCCAAGAUCAAGCGAACAACUGGUAUACCCCGGUCAUUCAUGAAGAAGUUGGAUAAACCUCUGGGUGAAGGAGAGAUUGAGGAGGGUUUGCAGGGGGGUACCAUCAUGCUGGAUGCCGAUGGCAAUCAUGUCAUUGUAAACCCAGAUACGGCUACAUGGAAAAAGGCGGAAGCCAAACUAAACGCAUCCGCUGCGCAAAAGCAAGAGGCAGAGGCAGCGGGAAGCAAAGAACUGCGGGAACUUGGUCUAGAAUGUCCAAUUGACAAGAAGCUUUUCGAGAAUCCUGUGAAGACUCCUUGCUGCGGCAAGACGUAUUGUCAUGAUUGUAUUGAGAACGCACUUGUUGACAAUGACCUCGAAUGCCCGAAUUGUCAAAGGGACGGCGUCUUGAUCGAUGAUCUUACUGUCGAUGAAGACAUCGCCGCCAAGAUUCGAAAAUAUGAGGAUGAUAAGAUCGCGGAGAAAAAGGCAAGAGAAAAGGAUCAAGCUGUUCCGAAAAGUCCUAAGGUUGAAACAGCGGAUAUAGAGGAAUCAAAGUCGCCUGCUGCUGCAAUUACGUCGCCGUCGCCAGAGGUAAAAGAACCAUCACCGGCACCGUCAAAUGCCAGCAUAGCAAAGAAACGUCCGGCUGAUGAAAGUUUGGAGAAUCCACGAAGCCCCCCAAAGGCGCCAAAGUCAAUGCUUGCAGCACAGCAGCAGAAUAUCCCGCCAGGUUUUGACCCGAAAUUCAUGGAAAUGAUGAUGCAGUACGCUCCGCAGGACUUCGGUAAUAGUCAACAAUUUCAGAAUCAGAUUUUUAACCCAAACAUGAUGGGAAUGAUGGGCAUAACUAUGCCAAGUAUGAUGAGCAUGCCUAACGCGAUGAUAAAUCCCAUGAUGAUGAUGAUGGGAAACGGAAUGCAAAGUAACACCUUCAACAACCAGGCUAUGGGUACCAUGGGUUACAAUGACGGCUCGAAUGGCAUUAACAGCACCUGGCAGCAACAUAACGGUGGAGGCUACGCUCAGAACGACUGGCACCAGGGAGCUACAUGGAGUAAUAAUCGCGGAUUUGGUGUCGGCUAUGGCGGAGGAGGGGAGAAUAGCGCCUAUGCUCGAGGUCCAGUUAACCCUAAUCGUGCACGUGGGCGACAGCAGAGACAGGCACGAAAUGAUGACUACAACACUCUAUGA